GUGGCCUGGCAGGAAUCGUAUAGCCAUGGUCAGACAAACGUUUGAGGAAGAGGAGGCAUUUCAACGAGGCCAUGAUGAAGAGGUCGCACGACCUCCCAAGCCCAAGCGGCCAAAAACACAGAAAGGGAAGAUUGAGAAGGAGAAGGAGAAGGAGAAACUGGAGAACUCGGAGAUCUUGGAGGAUAUGCAUAUAGGCCGAGUGCGCAGACUUGUCACACCGGAAAUCCAUGAUGGAUCUCUUCUCAUCGGCACUGUCCGUGAUGUCACAGAAGAGGAGCUCACAUUGACGCUUGCGUAUCAUAUGGUCGCGUUUGUCCAGCGCAGAGAAGCUUCUGAGUCCCAGAAGAGUUUGCUGGAGCUCUACGAGCCUGGCCAGAUGGUGGUUGCCGUGGUCCUCGCCGUGUCUGAAUUUGGCGGGAGAAGACUCCGGCUGGACGCGUCCCUGCGCCCGCGCCUGGUGAACGCGGGUCUGACCGCGCAGAAGCUGCAGAAGAACAUGUGGCUUCCGGCCACCGUGGUGGGGGAGGAGGAGCACGUGCUGAGCCUGGACUUCGGCAUAGACGUGGCGGGGCUCGUGAAGAAGACCGAGUUUCGGGGGAAAGUGGCCAGCGCCGGCAGCAUCGUCAUGGUGGCGGUGCAGGCGGUGAACGCCUCCGUGAAGUGCUCGCUUGCUUCCAGCGAGCCGAUCUCCGAGCCCCUGGAACCGGCUCUGCUGAAGGCCGGGCUGCUGGUGGCAGCCCGGGUCAAGAGCAUCAGCGACGAAGGUCUCGUGGUGAACUUUUGCGGCGCCGGCGGCAUCAUCCAUUCCCAUUAUGCGGGCCCCGGCGAGUGGAAGAAGAACCAACGGCUGGCUGCCCGGGUGCUUGCGGUGAUUCCAGGAUCACCGACACUCGUUCAUCUUGCUCUUCUUCCUCACAUCUUGGAUUGGGUGCCUGCGAAGCUUCAGCACGAAGUUGGAGACCUGCUCGAGGGAGAGGUCCUGGAUUUCCAGCGGAAGUACGGCUGCAGGGUGCGCUGUGAGGAAGCUCUGGGCUUCUGCGCCAUGUCGAGACUCUCAGAUCCGGAGAAGGAUGUUGCGGCGUCAACGGUUCAGCUGGGCUUCAGGACCAGCUACCGGGUCCUCUCGCACAACUUCCUGGACGGGGUGCUGAUGCUCACCCGCCGGCCCAUGGACCUGACGGAGGGCGUGCUGGUCUCGGUGGCGCAGCUCGCGCCCGGGCAGCUGGUCACCGGCACCGUCUCGCGGACCGCGGACCACGGCAUCCAAGUGAAGCUCAGCGACUACGUUUCUGGGCACGUGCACUUGCGGCAGCUGACGGAUGUGCCCCUUGCCUCCGUUCCCAAGCGAUUUCAAGUCGGCUCCAAAGUCAAGUGCCGCGUGCUCCACGUGCACAAGGCAAAGCGGCAGCUCACGCUUACCACGAAGAAGUCUCUUGUGCAGAGCGACUUUCAGCUGACGGCCAACUCCUCUGCGAAAGUGAACAUGCUGGUGACUGGAUAUGUCAGCAGCAUCAAGGACUUUGGAGCUAUUGUCAGCUUCUAUGGUGGUGCGCGUGGCUUGCUGCGGCGGAAGGAGAUGGAGGCGGAGGAGGCCCCGGCCCUGGGCAUGGCCGUGGUCUGCCGCGUGGUCCACGUGGACCGCAAGCUGGACCGCAUCACGCUGUCAUUGGACCUAGAGAAGGGCAAGUCAGCGGCCGAAUUGGCGGCCAGCGCCCAGGAGCCGGUGCCGAAAGUGGCAAAAGCUCCGGCAGAGAGCGGCCAAGCGAGCGAGACGGUGUGCCGGACCGUAGCCCGCAAGGAGAGAAGAGCAAAGACCAUCCGGCGCAUCAAGCGACCGGAGGAGCAGUUGCAGCCCGGAUCUCUAGUGACGCUGCGUGUCCGCAGUAUUGCCGGGCUACAGCUCCUUUGUUCCGCGCCGGUGCAUGUGCGCGGUCACGUGCAUGCGACGCAGCUAGUGGACAUUGGCGAUAUGGCGAACCACGGGGCAAUGCCUUUGCAGAGGCUUCGGUCUGCUCGAAUCCUGGAAGCCAGGGUUCUCAGAACGAAGCAGCGGGAUUCAGAGACCGGGAAGGGCGACAAGAUUUGCCACGUGGAGUUGACUUGCCGCCCAUCAUUGAUGGAUCCGAAGGAUGCCUCCGAAUAUGAGAAGGCCUUGGUGAGAUGGCCGCUGCUUUUGCCAGGCACUCGGCUCGUUGCCGCCGUCGUGUCAGUGCAGAAGUCGUGCAUUUGGAUGGAGGUGGCGCCGGGCAUCCGCGGCCGCGUCGCCUUGCUGGACUUGUCCCCGGACCUCUCGGUGCUGCGGGCGGUGGCGGAGCAUUUCAAGGUGGGCCAGGUGUUCCAGGCGCACGUGCUGCGCGCCGUGAGCUCCCGCAAGGAGCUGGACCUGUCGCUGCUGGACUUCGAGGCUCAAAAGACCUGUGUGGGGAAGCUGCGGAAGGUCCACGAGGGCGAGGCCGCCGCGGUGUUUGAGCUGCCGGGAAGGCGUUGGGGCUCCGUGCACAUCACGGAGCUCUUCGACGUGUGGGCCAAGCGGCCCACGCAACGACUCCACGUGGGGUCCCUGCAUGAGGUGGCCAUCCUCAAUGACAAGGAGAAGUUGGAGGUGAGCCUCCGGCAGUCCCAGGUGCACGGCCACAAGGAGGUGCAGGAAGAGAAGCGGCCCAAGUCCGCCGAGGAGCUGAAGGUGGGCCAGAAGGUCUCGGGCUACGUGGUCUCCGCAGUGCCGCAGGGCGUCUUCGUGGCGCUCAGCCGGUCUCUCACCGCCCGGAUCAAGCUGAAGGCGCUCAGUGACAUGCCGGUGAUGAAGGAAGCGGUCGCCAAGAUGCACCCGCCCGGGUCCCUGCUCCGGGACAUCAUAGUGGUGCAGAUCUCCGAGGGCCGCGUGGAGCUCUCUUUGCGCACGGGGGAUGGGCCGGGCGGCCUCACCUGCGAGCAGCUGUCGGUGGGCGAUGUGGUGUCUGGGAAGGUGAAAGCCGUGGAGCCCUACGGCCUCUUUGUCCGCUUGGACAACUCCAACGUCGACGCCUUCAUCCACAAGUCCGAGAUCGCGGACUCCGCCUCAAUCACCGUGAACUCCUAUGCCGUGGGCGCGAAGAUCCACCAGGCGAAGGUCUUGAAGGUGGACGGCAGCCGAGUGGGGCUCACGAUCAAGCCCUCGAACUUCUCGGGAGAGGAGCUGGAGGAAGACGCCGACUCGGAUGAGAUGCCGGAGAUGCAAGAGCUCCUGGCCGAACUGCAGAAGACGCGAAAGAAAGGCAAGAAGCGGAAGGCCGAGGCCGGGACUGCGGCGAAAGAGGCUAAGACGAAGGAGCGCGAGCAAGAAGGCGAUGCGGAGGUGUCGGAAGAGGAGCCCUGGCAGCCGGUGCAGAAGUCGGCCGGUGCAUCUUUCGAGUUUGCGGAGUUCAAGGUUGACUCUGCAUCUUCCUCAGAUGCUGCAGAUGAGGAAGAUGACGAGCAGACAUUGCAGCUAUCCAAGAGGCAGAAGAAAGCCAAAAGGAAAGAGGAGGAUAAAGAGCUGCAAAAGCAGGAGGCGGAGAAUGCUGAUGGACGGUGGGCAGACGACCCGCAGAGCGUGGAAGACUUUGAACGGCUCUUGCUGACCCAAGGGGACACGUCCAUAGUUUGGAUUCGCUACAUGGCGUUUCACCUGAAGAUGAGCGACCUGGAGAAAGCUCGGCAGGUCGCGGAACGCGCGGUGAAGCAUGUGGGCUUUGCUGACAGCAAGGAGAGAUUCAACGUGUGGGUGGCCUACAUGAACUUGGAGUGCACCUUUGGAAGCGAUGAGACUUCUGACGCGAUCUUUCGCCGAGCUGCAAGUCACAACGAAGCCAAGCAGGUGUACAUGCAGCUGGCCAGGAUACACGAGCGGAACAAAAAACCUUCCUUGGCGGUGAAGGCUUACGAGGCGUGCACGCGCAAGUUUCCGCAGUCGAAGAAGGUCUGGAUGUCCUUCCUGGGCUUCCUCUACCAGACGGGAGACGCGGAGGGGGCGCGCAAAGUGCUGCCGAAGAGUCUGGCCGCGCUGCCGCGGCAGAAGCACCCGGUGGUGGUCUCGAAGGCCGCGAUCCUGGAGUAUCAGCAUGGAUCGCCGGAUCGCGGGCGCAGCAUCUUCGAAGGUCUCUUGGACAGCUACCCCAAGCGCACAGAUUUGUGGUCCGUAUACUUCGACGCCCACAUCAAAGCGCACACGCCUCCGAAAGUGCCGGAUCCCGACUGCAAGCAGAUCCGACCCCUGUUUCUCCGUUGCUGCGCCAUGCCGCUGAAGGCAACGAAGAUGCGGUUUUUCUUCAAGCGGUGGCUCGACUUCGAGAUGAAAUGGGGUGAUGCCCAGAGCCAAGAGCAGGUCCGCGCCAAGGCCCGGGACUUUGUGGAGAGCCUCUGAGCAAAACAAAAAGCCGAAGCGAAGCGUCUCACUCCGAACGCGAACGCCUGUGCGGGCCGGCGCCAGCAACUUUGCGCCGUGCCAGAGGCCGCGUGGCGAUCGUCCAGCGGAACAAAAACGAGUGAAAAAAAGCGGGAGCCUUCGGAGUGUCAGGUGUCAACGAUGCAGCCCUGAACCUGCUUCGCCGCCCUGUGCGAAGUGCAAGGCUUGUGAGAUGGUAGAUGUG